AUGGGUAUACAGGGUAUACAUGGAGUACAGGGUAUACACGGUAUACAUGGGUGUACAUGGGUAUACAGGGGUAUACAGUGUAUACAAGGUAUACAUGGGUAUACAGGGUAUACAUGAGUAUACAGGGUAUACAGGGUAUACAAGGAGUACAUGGGUAUACAGGGUAUACAAGGUAUACAAGGAGUACAUGGGUAUACAGGGUAUACAUGAGUAUACAGGGAGUACAUGGGUAUACAAGGUAUACAGGGUAUACAUGGGUAUACGAGUAUACAGGGUAUACAUGGGUAUACAGAGUAUACAAGGUAUACAGGGUAUACAGGGUAUACAUGGGUAUACAGGGUAUACAAGGUAUACAGGGUAUACAUGGGUAUACAGGGUAUACAAGGUAUACAGGGUAUACAUGGGUAUACAGGGUAUUCAUGAGUAUACAGGGUAUACUGGGAGUACAUGGGUAUACAUGGUAUACAUGAGUAUACAGGGUAUACAGGGUAUACGAGGUAUACAUGAGUAUACAGGGUAUAGUGGGAGCACAUGGGUAUACAGGGUAUACAUGAGUAUACAGGGUAUACAGGGUAUACAUGAGUAUACAGGGUAUACAGGGUAUACAUGAGUAUACAGGGUAUACAGGGUAUACAUGAGUAUACAGGGUAUACAGGGUAUACAUGAGUAUACAGGGUAUACAGGGUAUACAUGAGUAUACAGGGUAUACAGGGUAUACAUGAGUAUACAGGGUAUACAGGGUAUACAUGAGUAUACAGGGUAUACAGGGUAUACAUGAGUAUACAGGGUAUACAGGGUAUACAUGAGUAUACAGGGUAUACAGGGUAUACAUGAGUAUACAGGGUAUACAGGGUAUACAUGAGUAUACAGGGUAUACAGGGUAUACAUGAGUAUACAGGGUAUACAGGGUAUACAUGAGUAUACAGGGUAUACAGGGUAUACAUGAGUAUACAGGGUAUACAGGGUAUACAUGAGUAUACAGGGUAUACAGGGUAUACAUGAGUAUACAGGGUAUACAGGGUAUACAUGAGUAUACAGGGUAUACAGGGUAUACAUGAGUAUACAGGGUAUACAGGGUAUACAUGAGUAUACAGGGUAUACAGGGUAUACAUGAGUAUACAGGGUAUACAGGGUAUACAUGAGUAUACAGGGUAUACAGGGUAUACAUGAGUAUACAGGGUAUACAGGGUAUACAUGAGUAUACAGGGUAUACAGGGUAUACAUGAGUAUACAGGGUAUACAGGGUAUACAUGAGUAUACAGGGUAUACAGGGUAUACAUGAGUAUACAGGGAGUACAUGGGUAUACAAGGUAUACAGGGUAUACAUGGGUAUACGAGUAUACAGGGUAUACAUGGGUAUACAGAGUAUACAAGGUAUACAGGGUAUACAGGGUAUACAUGGGUAUACAGGGUAUACAAGGUAUACAGGGUAUACAUGGGUAUACAGGGUAUACAAGGUAUACAGGGUAUACAUGGGUAUACAGGGUAUUCAUGAGUAUACAGGGUAUACUGGGAGUACAUGGGUAUACAUGGUAUACAUGAGUAUACAGGGUAUACAGGGUAUACGAGGUAUACAUGAGUAUACAGGGUAUAGUGGGAGCACAUGGGUAUACAGGGUAUACAUGAGUAUACAGGGUAUACAGGGUAUA